AGAACAGUGUCAUGUGGAGGAAACCUUCUGUUGAAUGUUGGUCCCGAUAUGCAUGGCAAGAUACCUCCUAUUUUCGAGGAUCGACUUCGAGAACUGGGCAAGUUCUUAAACGUUAAUUCUGAAGCAUUAUAUGGAACCAAGCCAUGGAUUCAUCAAAAUGACACUGGAAAUACUUGGUACACAUCUCGUACAUUGUCAUCUACUCUACCGAAAAACAGGCUAUACAAUCCACAAGUGGAAGGACAAACAAUAGUAUAUGCAUGGGUAUUAGACAUGCCAACCAAGGAUUUAGAGCUGAAGAAUUUGAAAACAACGGACAGGACAAAGGUAACCUUCCUCGGUACCGAUGUUUCGUUUGUGCCAGGCGCAAAAUCCUCCUUGUUAAUCAAGUUUGACGACAUUCCAUGGAGGCACUUGCUUCGCAAUGAUGUUAUGGUCUUGAAGAUUGAGAAUGCCGCUUCAGAAACGGUAAAUGUCUUUAUACCGCUUUCCUAA